GUCGUCGUUGAGCCUCGACCCAGUACGGAUCUCUAAAAUGCUGCGCCACAUUGUGCUCCUCAUUUUGUUGUCUUCCGAGGCUCGAGGAGUCUGCAAUCGGAUACCCCAGGGAGCCAGUGGCGCACGAUCGCCUGUGGAUGAUAACUUCAAGAUCCUGAUCGAUGGCAAUCCAGAGACCUAUGUGCCAGAGCAUCAGUACAAUGUCUCAUUAUCCUGUCCUAUAAACAUGAAAUUCGUGAGUUUCACCUUGGUUGUCGAGGCUGAGGAUCCGUCGGCUGCAUUCAGUGGUCGGGAUAUGACCGGUCACUUUGAACUGCUGGGAGUCGCAGACACCCGAUUCAGUACCAGCUGUGAGAACAUGGUGGAGAGCACAAAUACGAAUGCCAAGAUCUACAUCUCGGUAUCCUGGAUAGCGCCGCGUCAUCCGGACAGCGGAUGUGUCUUGAUCAAGGCUGGUGUGGUGCAACAUCGUGAUGUAUGGUUCCUGGACGACGGCUUCCUGACCAAGCGGAUUUGUCCCGAGGAAAUCGACGAACUAAACAGCUUAACGCCGCCACUGGAAACUUGCUGUGCCUGCGAUGAAGCCAAAUAUGAGAUCGUUCUGGAGCGAAAGUGGACGAGGAACACGCAUUGGAAGGACUUUCCCGCUGAGGACUGGCGCACACGCCUGGGUGAGGUAAUUGGUGCUUCCCAUAGCCACAGCUAUCGCUACUGGGCCUACGGAGGAAGAGCUAGCCAGGGCAUGAAGGAGAUGGCCGAGCACGGAGCUACACGAACCCUGGAGAAUGAGAUCAGGGAGAACACUCAAAAUGGCGAGGUAAGGACCAUUAUAAAGGCUCCUGGAAUUCCCCAUCGGCUGAGAACAUAUGGCACAACCUUGGCCAAUGCUCGUCUGGAUCCUGUACAUCAUCAGAUCUCGCUGGCAACCAAGAUUGAUCCUUCACCCGAUUGGAUACUGGGCGUGGCUGGACUGGAGCUCUGCCUGAGCAACUGUACUUGGCUGGAGCGGAAGGUGUUGAAUUUGUAUCCCUGGGACAUUGGCACCGAUUCGGGGCCUUCGUACAUGUCCUCAGAUGAGCCACAAGUGCCACCGGAUGUGGUGCGCCGCAUAACAUCGUCGUAUCCCAGCGACCAUCGUUCGCCAUUUUACGAUGCCUCCGGUGCCACAAUGAAACCCUUGGCCACGCUCUACUUGACCCGAAAGAAACUCUACAUUAGGGAGUGCGAAGAGGUACCCCAGGAAGGACCGCUGGAGUGCGCUGUACACCCAUGGAACGAAUGGUCCAAUUGCAGUACGCGUUGUGGCCAGGGCUACUCCCAACGUCAGCGCAGCUUUAAGAGUCCCAAUCUAGCAGCCAACUUCAACUGCGAUAGACGCUUGGAGGAGUUCCGCCAGUGCCAAGGAACCCAAUGUGGGGCAGCGGAGGAGGAAGUGGAAGCAGAGGAGCCUGGGAUGGGCAUGGAAAAUCCACCAAGUGGUGGCUCAAUGGCCGAGUGCCAGCUGAGCAACUGGGGCGAGUGGUCACCGUGUUCGAAGACAUGCGGCCGAGGAUUGUCCACUCGCACACGGAACUAUUACAAUCCGCAGGCCAGGCAGCGCUGUUUGUCUGUGAUGCGAAUACCCCUCGAGGAAACUCGAGAGUGCAAUGGAGCUGAUUGUGGUGGCACCAUUCCGGAUAAUGGCGAACUCGAUGGCUUCCCGGAACCAGAUGUUUUCGGAGAGACUGAUCAGGGAGGUUACAUGGGUAAAACCCCCUCUUGGAACAGUAAACAGGAGCAGAACAGUCCAGGCUCGGGCAACCAGGCAUGGAAUAGAAAGCCCUAUAACAUGUGGACAGAUAAAUCUCCUCCCAACCCUAGAGAUAACGCACAGGAGUCCCCAAACUUACCGUUCGAGCAGAUAGAAAAUACACAGCGACCUCUUUAUAAUCCACUAGACAAUUUGGGUGGUUAUGGCAAGGGCUUUCAUCCGACAAAUAGCUACAGCAAUGACAAAAUCGUGGGCAAUAAACCCGGUUUUAGUGAUUACAAUGAUUACAAUACUCCUAGCUUCACGCCUCGCUCUCCUUAUAAAGGACGAUAUCCCAGUCAGGAGGAGGAUGUGGAGGGCACUGCCGGCGAUAGCAAUGGCAACUAUAAUGUGAUUCAAGACUAUUGCUUUGAAAAGCCAUAUGCCUCGACGCGUCCCUGUUUCGACAAACCGGAGGUGGUGAGCAAUUUCUGGUUCUAUGACCAUGAAGAUCACGAGUGCAAGAUCUUCACCACGGACAACUGUGAUCAGAAUAGAAACCGAUUCCGCACCCUGACGGCCUGCGAGGGCACCUGUCUGCAGCCCCAAAUAAACAUGGAGCGAACCGAAAACGAUGCCAUGGAUUUGUACGGUGGGCGAUCCUAUGACCAACCGCCACAGGGAGGUACACCCUUUGAUCAAAGAGGUGGAACAUCUUACGAUCGAACAGAAAGUAGACCGUAUGAUCAAAAGGGAGGUAUAUCUUAUGAUCAAACGUUUGGUAGAUCAUAUAAUCAAAUAGCUGGUAAGUCCUAUAAGCAAACAGGAAGUGGAUCCUAUGACCAACCAGAGAAUUGGUCCUCUGACUUGUCGAGAGGAAGAAGCUAUGAUCAAACGGGAGUAAGGUCCUAUGAUCUGGCAGGAAGUAGAUCCUAUGGCCAAACAAGAGAAGUAGGGGACAUUGGAGAACCCAUGUCUCAGACCAGGAGCAGAUACGACUCAUCCAGAAUCGGUCGGUAUGGCGGCUGAACCAUUUAAAGCAUUGAAAGUAUUUAAAGUAGA